AUGGAGGACAGCCGCCUCCCCAAGCGCAUGCUGUUAGGAGCGAUGGCGGGGGGCGUGGGAUACCGGGGCGGGCAGGAGAGCGACUGGGUGUCUCGUCUAGGAGAGGACCUCGUGGCCUUCAACAUGGGAGACGAAAAGGAAGGGGGGAAAUGGAAAGAGAGCGCCAAGGACCCGGAGGUGUGGUACAACAAGGUCGAGGACGGGGCGGCAUGGUUCAUGAGGAACAGGCAUAGGCAGGAGGCCGAAGCGUCCGCAAAGCGCCAGGGCGCGAGGGAAGCAGAAGCAGAGAGUACGACUAUCUCAGGACCGAAGAGAAAGAGAACCGGCGAAGCGGCGGUGGGGGGGAAGAAACGGCGACCGGGCACUUCUGUAGAAGCGACUAGGGCGGCCGAGGCAGCGCUUGUGGCGAACUAUGGACCCGGCUGAUGUUGUUGCGCCCUGUUUCCCUCCCUGCUGUAUGCUAUACUCCUUUAUGUAUGUCCUUUGUAUUGCCUUCGGCCCCUGUGCUGUGUUUCUCUUUUUCAUGACCUCCCUGCCUACUCUGCUGUGUUGGGUACCUUGAUCUCGCUUUGCUGUUGCCUUUGUUUUUGUACGUCUGGCUGUCUGCCCAUCUGCCUCCUCUUUGCCCUGUUUGCUCCGUUACUCCCAUGCCCUGGUGCGUGGUGCCUGGUGCUGGUACGUUACCCUUUGAUUUUUUCUUUGGGCGGGUAUGGGAAGCGUCCUCCUUCAUUUCUGUUUUUGUUUUAUUUUGAUCGGUGUCCGAGGGCUCUUUUCUCGAACGGUCGCUGCGAUAUAUGUUCUUCU